AUGGGACGAGGUCGCCGCUCUGAUCGCCCGACCAUCAAGCGCGCCAAGGGCAAAGCGUUCCACACCCAUCACCACCGCGCACUUCGCAUCAUCUUCAAGGAGAUCAAGAUUGCCACAACCGCAGACGGUGUCGGUCGUCUUGCUCGCGUCGAUGUUCCGAGACUCAUGAAGCGUGCAUUUCCCGACCUCCCGAAGAAGCACGUCUACCGGCAUUACUACGACCGGUGGAUCGGCCGCUUCAAGGACAAGAGACCGAAGGAGUGGUUCCACAUCGACCGCCCGAACGAGCGCAAUACCGAUCCCUACACCGAGGAUGAGUUGGCGGAGUUCGAUCGCAUUCGUGGUCUCAUCGGACAAGCCGCCGACGAUCUCGAUCUCGAGCUUCCCUGGGCUGAAGACGGAGAGACUGCCAACGACGAGGAGCAAGAAGAUGGAGACGUGGACGGCGAGAACAUGGGGGAUGAGACGGAUGAGGAGGAGGCAGACUUGGAGGAGGCGGAUAUAGAGGACAACGGGGACGAGGAGGAAGAUGUCGACCUCGAUCAGGACCAAGACAUGGAGGACAGCGACGAUGGUUCGCAUGAGGAGUGGGGAGUGCACGAGGCUUCCCACGCUCGAGCGCAGGGCGAGGACGAAUUUCAAGAACUCCCAGGAGCCAUCGAGGAGGUUGGAAACAAGGAAGCCGGACCAUCUCAGGCGUCGCCGUCCGCUGUGGUUGGCGCUGCUGGCCAUAUCAUCACCAUCGCCGACUCAGAUACCACCGACGGACUCACGCUCGAACCCAGUGAUACCAUUACGCCAGGCGCCGUCCAAUUUGAAGACUUCGACGUGCGAAACGCGCGUCUCCUCGAAGCACGUGUGGAGAGGAUGAAUCAAGAACUAGAUGAUAUGGACUGGACACUGCCUCGAGCAGCUCGCACCGCGGGAGCUGCAGCUGCUGAUGCCCGUCCGCGACAGGAGGCCCCGUGCGCCGUUCAAAGCGACCAGUAUGGUCGGAUCAUGACCCAGCUCAAGGACGCUGACGACCCAUUCGUGCGCUGCUGUGGAGACUGGGGCGACAAGAUACUUGGUCGGUCUUUGCUGCACAUGGGCGACGGCGAUGAGGAGGAACAGCUAUUCGGGUUCAAGACGACUAUUUAA